UAACACAGCGGGUGCCAACACAGAAUAGAAAGAUCAGCCAAAAUGGAUGAAACAUUAAAGAGAAAAUGAGAAAGCAAAACCUCAUUAAAUGGGAAAGAAAAGAGUUGUGUUAAUUUUAUGGACUGCUUCAGUGGUGCCAGAACAGGUGACAGAAGGGGAGCUGUCCAAUAUGCAAGUGAGGAGCACCCCCCCAUCAGCUUCCUCGGUGAGAAUGAAAUAAAUAAACAAUGAAUGGUCCACUCUCCUCGCGCGCCUCAUCCCAUCUCAUGCAUGGCUGCCAGUAAUGGUCUACUGGGUGUCAGCUUUUAUUGGCACGGCACAAAGCAAGUGCCAAGGGCUCGGUGGCUCGACUCCCCGCUGCAAAAUCGGCCUGUGGAUAAAAGCAAGCAAAAUGCCUCAGUCGAGCUCAGAGACAUAGUCAUGUUGGGCUGGAACGAGGAAGUGCAGUGGAGAGGGGAGGGACUCAGGGCGCAGCUCCAUGGGGCCGCCGCGGCGCUGCGACCUUCUGCACAUGGAGCCGGGGAGAGUUGGAAGAACUUCAUACUGCAAACUCAAGGAAUAGCAGAGUACUUGCACCGCAUGGAGACAGAGGAGGCCCAGGAAAUGGCCCAGAUGCCAGGCAGGGAGAGCCCCCCUGCCAACGAAGCAUCUGAGGAGGCAGAGGAGCCCAUGGCCGUCCCAGAGGACCUGUCAGCCAGUUCCGCCCACCAGCAGAACAACAGAGGGGACAAAGGAGAACGUCCUUUCCAGUGCAGCCAGUGCGGUGCCUCUUUCACCCAGAAGGGCAACCUGCUGCGUCACAUCAAACUCCAUUCAGGGGAGAAACCGUUCAAAUGUCACCUGUGUAAUUAUGCCUGUCGCAGGAGGGACGCCCUCACAGGCCAUUUACGCACCCACUCAGUUGGAAAACCCCACAAGUGUGCUUACUGUGGGCGGAGUUACAAGCAGCGCAGUUCUCUCGAGGAGCACAAGGAGCGAUGUCACAACUACCUCCAGUGCAUGGGCCUGCAGAACAGCAUCUACACAGGUGACAAACGUCUGUCAGACCUCUCCUACGAUGGAGGAGCAGGUGAGCUGAUACAGCCCCACGUCAUCGAUCAGGCCAUCAACAGCGCCAUCAGCUACCUGGGGGCCGAGUCGCUCCGGCCUUUGGUCCAGACCUCCCCGGCCUCGUCUUCUGACGUGGGCCUCGGCUCCAUGUACCCGAUGCACAAGCAAGGGGCCGAGGGCCACGCAGGGACGGGCCUGUCGGCCAAAGACAGUGCGGCUGAGAACCUGCUGCUGCUCUCCAAGUCCAAGUCUGCCUCCAGCGAGAAGGACGGCUCGCCCAGCCACAGCGGCCAGGACUCCACAGACACCGAGAGCAACAACGAGGACCGGCCCGGCGGGGCGGCGACCGGCCUCAUCUACCUGACCAACCACAUCAACGCGGGGGUGAGGAAUGGCGUGCUGCCCCUGGUGAAAGAGGAGCAGCAGAGGCAGUACGACGCCAUCCGGGCCAGCAUGGAGAUGGCCUCCGAGGGCUUCAAAGUGGUGACAGCAGACGGGGAGCAGGUGAGGGCGUACCGGUGCGAACACUGCCGCGUCCUCUUCCUGGACCACGUCAUGUACACCAUUCACAUGGGCUGCCACGGCUUCAGAGACCCCUUCGUGUGCAACAUCUGCGGCCACCGGGGUCAAGAUCGAUACGAGUUCUCCUCUCACAUGACACGAGGGGAGCACCACUACUGAGCCAGGGCCACCAGAGGACACACGUACACACACA